UCCGUUCUUUAAAGCUCCAGUUAGCGAGACUAUAGGGUUUUAUUCUGGCUGCAGAAUAGCUGACUGGAGUGGCUUUGCAAGGAGGGGGGGGUCAAAAAGAAAAGAGAGAAGGGAGUACGUGAGUCGUCCAGUGCAAUCUCUAUUGUUUGAAAUUUACUUUUUAUCAGAAUUUGAAGAUGAAAACGGUUAAAAAGUGGCCAUCAUAUUUAAGUGACCUAUUACUCUGAGCUUUGCUAAUGAAAAAAAUUCAUCAUCGUUAUUUCCUUCAUUUUUGGAUUGGAAAAAUGAACCCAUACAUAGAAGCAAGUGCACGAUGUUGGGGAAGAGGACUUGUUAAACAGUGGAGUAUCUAACAACUAUUUACAAGAAGGGGGAAAGAAUUAAAAUUGUUAUGCUUCGAUAUUGGUAUGCUACUGACUCUCUAACUCAUAGGUAGCCCUCCAAAAAACAUUCAGUUUUCCAAAUUAUGGAAAUUUCGUGGAAAACGUUGACUUGGAUUUUGAGCCUCAUCAUGGCCUCAUCGGAAUUUUAUAGUGACCACAGACUUUCAUAUAGUUCUCAAGAGGAAUUCCUGACGUACCUUGAACACUACCAGCUAACUAUUCCAAUAAGAGUUGAUCAAAAUGGAGCUUUUCUCAGCUUUACUGUGAAAAAUGAUAAACACUCACGGAGAAGACGGAGUAUGGGCCUUCUUGAGCCACAGCAGGCAGUGUCUAAAUUAUUUUUUAAACUUUCAGCCUAUGGCAAGCACUUUCACCUAAACUUGACUCUCAAUACAAAUUUUGUGUCCAAACAUUUUACAGUAGAGUAUUGGGGGAAAGAUGGACCACAGUGGAAACAUGAUUUUUUAGACAACUGUCACUACACAGGAUACUUGCAAGAUCAACAUAGUACAACUAAAGUAGCUUUAAGCAACUGUGUUGGAUUGCAUGGUAUUAUUGCUACAGAAGAUGAAGAAUAUUUUAUUGAGCCUCUAAAGAAUACUACAGAGGAUUCCAAGCAUUUUAGUUAUGAAAAUGGCCAUCCUCAUGUCAUUUACAAAAAGUCUACUCUUCAGCAACGACAUAUCUAUGAUCAUUCUCACUGUGGGGUUUCAGAUCUCACAGGAAGUGGCAAACCUUGGUGGCUGAAUAAGACAUCUUCCUUUCCUUCCUUAUCACCAAUUAAUGACACACAUAUUCAUCAGAGACAGAAAAGAUCUGUGAGCACUGAGAGAUUUGUGGAGACACUAGUAGUGGCAGACAAAAUGAUGGUGGGCUACCAUGGCCGUAAAGACAUUGAACAUUAUAUUUUGAGUGUGAUGAAUAUUGUUGCCAAACUUUACCGUGACUCCAGUCUAGGAAACGUUGUGAAUAUUCUAGUGGCCCGCUUGAUUGUUCUCACAGAAGAUCAGCCAAACUUGGAGAUAAAUCAUCAUGCAGACAAGUCCCUCGAUAGCUUCUGUAAAUGGCAGAAAUCCAUUCUCUCCCACCAAAGUGAUGGAAACACCAUUCCAGAAAAUGGGAUUGCCCACCACGAUAAUGCAGUUCUUAUUACUAGAUAUGAUAUCUGCACUUAUAAAAAUAAGCCCUGUGGAACACUGGGCUUAGCCUCUGUGGCUGGAAUGUGUGAGCCUGAACGGAGCUGCAGCAUUAAUGAAGACAUUGGCCUGGGCUCAGCCUUCACCAUCGCACAUGAGAUUGGGCACAAUUUUGGUAUGAACCAUGAUGGAAUUGGAAAUUCUUGUGGGACGAAAGGUCAUGAGGCAGCAAAACUUAUGGCAGCUCAUAUUACUGCAAAUACCAAUCCCUUUUCCUGGUCUGCCUGCAGCAGAGACUAUAUCACCAGCUUUCUAGAUUCAGGCCGUGGCACUUGCCUCGAUAAUGAGCCUCCAAAGCGUGACUUUCUUUACCCAGCCGUGGCCCCAGGUCAGGUGUAUGAUGCCGAUGAGCAAUGUCGUUUCCAGUAUGGAGCAACAUCCCGCCAGUGCAAAUACGGGGAAGUGUGUAGAGAGCUCUGGUGCCUCAGCAAAAGCAACCGCUGUGUCACCAACAGUAUUCCAGCUGCUGAGGGGACACUGUGUCAGACUGGGAAUAUUGACAAAGGGUGGUGUUAUCAGGGCGAUUGUGUUCCUUUUGGCACUUGGCCUCAGAGCAUAGAUGGGGGCUGGGGUUCCUGGUCACUGUGGGGCGAAUGCAGCAGGACCUGUGGAGGAGGCGUCUCCUCAUCCCUAAGACACUGUGACAGUCCAGCACCUUCAGGAGGUGGAAAAUAUUGCCUCGGGGAAAGGAAACGCUACCGCUCUUGCAACACGGAUCCAUGCCCUUUGGGUUCCCGAGAUUUUCGAGAAAAACAGUGUGCAGACUUUGACAGUAUGCCUUUCCGGGGAAAGCAUUAUAACUGGAAACCCUAUACUGGAGGUGGGGUAAAACCUUGUGCAUUAAAUUGCCUGGCUGAAGGCUACAAUUUCUACACAGAGCGAGCCCCUGCUGUGAUAGAUGGAACCCAGUGCAAUGCGGACUCACUGGAUAUCUGUAUCAAUGGAGAAUGCAAGCACGUAGGUUGUGAUAAUAUUUUGGGAUCUGAUGCUAGGGAAGAUAGGUGCCGAGUCUGUGGUGGGGAUGGAAGCACCUGUGAUGCCAUUGAAGGGUUCUUCAAUGACUCAUUGCCCAGAGGAGGUUAUAUGGAAGUGGUUCAGAUACCAAGAGGCUCUGUUCAUAUUGAAGUAAGAGAAGUUUCCAUGUCAAAAAAUUACAUUGCUUUAAAAUCUGAAGGGGAUGAUUACUAUAUUAAUGGUGCCUGGACUAUUGACUGGCCUAGGAAAUUUGAUGUUUCGGGGACAGCUUUUCACUACAAGAGACCGACAGAUGAACCAGAAUCCUUGGAAGCUCUAGGACCCACCUCCGAGAACCUCAUUGUAAUGGUUCUACUCCAGGAACAGAAUUUGGGAAUUAGGUACAAGUUCAAUGUUCCUAUCAUUCGUACUGGCAGUGGAGAUAAUGAAGUUGGCUUCAUGUGGUCUCACCAGCCCUGGGCCGAGUGCUCUGCUACUUGUGCUGGAGGUGUCCAAAGACAAGAAGUGGUCUGUAAAAGAUUGGAUGACAACUCCAUUGUCCAGAACAAUUUCUGUGAUCCUGACAGUAAGCCACCUGAAAAUCAAAGAGCCUGCAACACUGAGCCGUGCCCACCUGAAUGGUUCAUUGGAGACUGGUUGGAGUGCAGCAAGACUUGUGAUGGUGGGAUACGCACAAGGUCCGUGCUCUGCAUCAGGAAAGUUGGACCAUCUGAGGAGGAAACACUGGACUACAGCGACUGUUUAACACACCGGCCUGUGGAGAAAGAGUCCUGCAACAACCAGUCAUGUCCACCUCAGUGGGUAGCUUUGGACUGGUCCGAAUGUACUCCAAAAUGUGGUUCAGGAUUCAAGCAUCGGAUUGUUCUGUGCAAGAGCAGUGACCUUUCUAAAACAUUCCCAGCUGCACAAUGUCCCGAGGAGAGCAAGCCUCCUGCUCGAAUCCGCUGCAGUCUGGGCCGCUGCCCUCCUCCCCGCUGGGUGACAGGAGACUGGGGCCAGUGCUCUGCUCAGUGUGGCCUUGGACAGCAAAUGCGAACUGUCCAGUGCCUCUCCUAUACUGGACAGGCGUCUGUUGACUGUCCAGAAGCUGUUCGUCCUCCAUCCAUGCAGCAGUGUGACAGCAAAUGUGAUAGCACACCUCUCUCCAGUACUGAAGAGUGCAAAGAUGUGAACAAAGUGGCUUAUUGCCCACUGGUGCUGAAGUUCAAGUUCUGCAGCCGAGCAUACUUCAGACAGAUGUGCUGUAAGACUUGCCAAGGACACUGACCUGCAGAAAGCCAGAGGGUCCUGUCAUUUCAUCGUGGAAAUGUGUCCAUCAAAGAGAGCCACCCAGAGGAAGUGGAUGGAUGUCCUUACAAAAGCAUUACCCUGUGGAAAAUGUAACCACU